AGAAUUGAUUAUAUGAGUCAUUCUUUAUAGGAUCAAUCGUUCUUUAGCUCCCAGUAUUGUUAUUGUCGAGAAGAAGUAGCGGGUUCUAACAAUAUUCUGAGACAUGGAUAUGUGCAAGUAUCCUUAUAUUCUUUUUUGGUUUGUCUUGCUAUCAAGAAACUGUGUGUUUGCUUGGGAAACCUGUUGUACUCUUUGUAAUAAUGAGCUGGUUUGUAACGGACAAGUUUGUGGAGGUUUGUUUCAGGCCUGCGGUGCAGUCUAUCCUGGGAGUCCCAAUAAUAACUGUGACUUCAACUGGAGUUGUGAAACGAGUACUUGGAGAAUAGUUGUCUUUGUAGUGUGUAUAAUCGUCGGUAUUGGAGGUUUUCUUAUUUGCAUUUACAUCGGAUUUCGUUGGCUAUCUUAUCAUAAGUUUUCCAGAGGUACUAGACCAGCGAAUCCCUACCAAAUACCAGUUCAGCGGCCUGCUGUUGCACAAGGCAUCCCAACUUCAUCUUGGAAUUAUCCAACUCGUUCUUAUUUAAAUUCAACGAAUACUUUACCAGGCACCACUUACUAUGAGCCUUCUGCUCCACCGCCUUCUUGAUAUUACAACCUUAUGUGGGUUUCUUUCCACAUGAAAUAUUUGUAUCCCGUUCAUGCGUCUUUUGUGUCA